CUAUAUUUCAAACAAGGAAAUCAUUGUAUAUUCUUGACAUUUUUUUCUUAUAUGAUACGUUUAUACAAAAAGUUUUUCGUUUAAACACUGAUAAGAAAGAAGUAUGGCAACUAAAUUAGGAAGGAAACUCUUUGUGAUCCUUUUUGUCUUCUGUAAACAAUGUAUUUUCAAGCAGAUAACAGAUUACCAUUAUGAAUGUACCGGUUGUACAUCUUUGAAGGGCUCAUCUGUGUGCCAGAAUUGCACCAACGUAGAAAUAAGAGCUGAGAAUAUUUCUGAUAUUUUACCGUUUACUGGCGAAAAGAAAGGUGAUUCCUUAAGUGUAAUCAUUGUCUCCUCUGUCAUUGGUGGCAUUUUGUGUGGAUCACUCAUCACAACUUUUGGUUUCUUAUGUAUUCGAAUGAGGGAAAAGAGAGGACAAAAAAGAAAAAAUCGAGUUUUACACCAUCUGCAAAACCCAUCAUACGAACAUGAAGAUCGGACGCAGAAUGAUCUAGACCAAGAAAAGAAAAACCUGGCAUUAUACAGCGAAAUAAAUGAUGACAUGCUAAAUCUCCAAACGGGUUCCAAUGCAAUUGGAAAUAAAGAACAACAGAACAUCUCUGAACAUCUCCCAACAGCAGAUGAAACUCAUGCGUAUAACCACUUGUAUGAAACAGAUGAAUUAAGAAGAGGUCAUCUUCAAACCGAUGUUGCCAAGGCGAAUCCGUCUUUAUCAGGAUUGACUGAUGAAGAAGAUGUGAUGCCAUUUAAAGCAACAGACAUAAGAAAUUCCUUAGAAAAAGUUGACACGCUUGAGAAAGGAUAUGACGCUGAAAAACAAAAUAAAAGUACCGGCCAAUAUUACGUGCUUGAAAAAGCAACGCAGUUUUCGACAUAAACUUGUCAACUUUGCAAUGAUGGUUAGACUACCUAAGCUUUAAGUUGUUAACCGUCAUAAUCAUACAAUCAGUCACUUUGCU